AUGCGUCGAUUAUUCUGGCUAUAAUAGAAAAUUUUAUAUGAGUGACUUUUAUCUUUACGAUUUAAAUACAUUACGUCAUAACGUAAAGUCAUUGAAGCAAGGCUUGUUCAUUCACAAAUCAAGAAGUAGAGAACCACAGAAAACAUCCAAUGCAAUUGCAAUCAAUAAAGUUAUUAAAAAUCAUACAUUCUACGUACGGAACGGACUUAAAGUUAGCUACUCCGAUCGUAAGUGUACACCAAUAUGUGCACUUUUAAAUAGAACCCACUACGUUUCGAGGCAUUACAGAAUUAGUUCUACAAAAUACCCAAAUUUAUUGUUUUGUAAAAUGACAAUCCGAACUUUCCCGAUAAACUGUCUAUUUAUGGAUGGCUUUAAAGAUACCACGCUUGUCGUACAAAUUUCCCCACAAUUCUGA